AUGCAUUUUUUCGUUUCGUUCUUGCUUGCAACAAUCGCUUGUGCUUCUCCGACCAAGUUCCUAGCGAGUCGAGACGACGACGAGUACAAGGACCGAUGGGAGGACGUGACCUGCUCCGAUCCCCACAUCACCGACGCCAAAGUGGCAGCUGACGUACGAUGGGAAUCCGCCGAAACAAACUCCUCCUGGAAGGCCGCCCUGGACGCAUGGCAGAGUUAUGAACCGGAGGGAGAGGCCGUCAAGCUCAAGUUUCCGGCCUUCAUCAGCGACUUUUACGGCGGACCAGAGGGAUGGGACUGUCAAGAUCCCGUGAACACCCCGUGUUCAACAACGAUUCAGUGUGAUGACGCAAAAUACCCAGCAGGAUUCUUGGUGCUCAACUCAUUUGCGAAGCUACAUGACAUCUACCAAAAGUACCACGAAGCGCUGCAGGAUGCGCAACUUAGUAUCUCAGCCGCAAUGGGUGACUUCACCAAGACAUUCGCCCCCCAACUGAAACCAAAGGAUAAUUCAGUACUCAUCAAAACGAUACUGGAUGUCUUGAUGCUUGGCAUAGGGGUCGCGUCAGCUGGACUGUGGAAUAUUGUACUGAAAGAUGCUGCCAUAUUUGCCGCCGACAAAGUUCGCAGUUUUUAUAAAGAUAGCUUCAACAGCGCAAUAUCGUCGUCUUUCGCUUUGGCAAAAGACAACCUAAAAGCUGCCAAGGACGCCGUAAGCGUACAGAACGACCUGACAUCGUCCAUGGGCGCUCUGUUCGACGUGUGGAAGAAUACGCAAGCCGAUUAUUUGUCGGAAAUAUUCUCCGGAGCCAAUGAAACGACGCUGGAAAUGCUCGAUUCUCUGAUCCGGGACGGCAUGAUGAACAUGGUGCCCGUCGACAUCAACCUAUCGGAGAUGGUGAAGCUUGUCCAAAAGAUCAUGUUUGGGCAGAUGAUCCCAGUCGCUUGGGCUGUCGCGCCGGCCGCGUUUACACCCUUUGUGCUCAAAACUGGCGAUAAAUGCUCAGAUACCCUGCCCGAAACCUUGGAUCCGUACAUGACACAAGAUACGCACAAGAAGUCUGGCGUCUGUUGGAACGGAAACCAGUUCUACGUUCUCUCCGUUGGAACGGACGGGGUUGAUGUGCAAGCCGAUACCCCCGGCCUCCCGAGAUCGGACCCGCCUUUCCAACCGUUGUCCGGUGGCACGAACGACGUGCUCGACGGCAAGAACUGGGCCGGCAUCACGUUGGAAGACAUGGUCAUCAGCUCGUACAGCGGUUAUCUUAAGAAUGGCAACCGAAAUGGCUACAACGUUUCGUUUGACGACAGUGACGGGACGGUCGACGAGCUCAUGCUGGCAGACGGCGUGCGGACUCCCGGCUUCUUCUCGCUUCCCGUUUGCACGAGUGUUUGGAACACCCUGAUGCAGAUAGCUGGGAGCCCGAGGGACAAGAACUACUAUCCUUGCGGUGUUGAGGUUGAAAAGACCUUCCCUGCGAAAUGA